CUCCAUUGGAAGUGGAGUUCAUCAACAAAACGGUUUGAUUGGCGAUGGUGUAACCGUGCGUCGAAUUAGAUCGAUAGGAAACGGCGUUCAGCAUCAGACGGUUAUCCAACCCAAGUCAUCUAUUGGAAGUGGUGUUCAUCAAAGCGGUACAUCCAUUGGAAGUGGCGUAAUUGUGCAGCCGCCCUCCUCGAGAAACAGCUUUCAUCACCACAAGACCUCAAUUGGUGAUGGAGUGGGACAAUCUGGAGUCGGAAUAGGAGGAGGCGUAAGCAGUCGAGGAGGAUAUGGCACUCAAAAUGGACAUGGGAUCGGAACAGGCGCUCAAGCUUAUCGUGUCUGA